AUGUGCCCGGUGGAGAUCAUGUUCAUCGUGGACAGCUCAGAGAAAGCCACAUCUCUGGUGUUUGAGCAGCAGAAGGAUUUUGUCCUGCGUUUCAGCACCAAGCUGAUGCAGCUGAACUCGGCUGGCUGGCGCCUGCGUCUGCGACUUGCCGCGCUGCAGUACAGCAGCACUGUGACUGUCGAGCACAACUUCAGGGACUGGCAGGACGUGGACGUCUUCCAGAGCCGCGUGGCCUCCAUGGCCUUCAUCGGCCACGGCACCUACACCGCCUACGCCAUCACCAACGCCACGCAGGUGUUCAGCCGUGAAACGUCCUCCAACAGCCUGAGGGUGGCGCUGCUCAUGACCGACGGGAUGGACCACCCACGCAGCCCCAGCGCCGUCACGGCUGCUGCUGAGGCAAAGCAGCAGAACAUCGAGGUCUUCACCAUCGGGCUGUCGGAUGUGUCCAGAGAGAUUUGGUUGCUAAACUCCAUGACUGCUAAACUCCGAUCCAUUGCCAGCGCCCCCCCACAGCAGCACGUCUUCAGCCUCACACAAAGCAACCUGGACGACAAACUCUAUAACGAACUGAACCUCAUAGUAAGAACUCGGUGCCCACAGACAAAGACGUGUUCAUGUGAGAGGGGAGAGAGGGGUUACCCUGGACCACCGGGGAAACCAGGCGAGCCGGGGUCCGACGGAGCUCCAGGUCCAAAGGGAUCCCGCGGGGAGGCUGGCAUUAAUGGACGACCAGGAAUGGAGGGCCUCGCGGGUCGACAAGGCAACAGAGGGGAAAAGGGGGAACAGGGGGAAUGCGGUGCCCCGGGUAAAAUGGGAGAACAAGGUGCACUUGGACCUCCUGGUUCUAAAGGCCAAAGAGGAGAGCAGGGAGUCAACGGAGGAACCGGAGACCAGGGUCCAGAAGGGCCGUCAGGACCUAAAGGUGACCGAGGACCAAGGGGGGCACCUGGACCUGCAGGAGAUAAUGGAGUUGGCUUCCCUGGUCCCAAGGGUGACAAAGGGAACCAAGGAAGACCCGGGCCUCCUGGACCGAUGGGCAGGGGUGAGCCAGGCGCCCCGGGUCCAGCAGGGCCACAGGGGAUGCAAGGAUCUCCAGGUUUUUCCGGAGAAGGUCUUCCAGGACACAAGGGUGACCGGGGUUAUGAGGGUCCUAAAGGAAGCCGUGGACCUCCAGGACUCGGGUACAAAGGUGAAAAGGGAAACACCGGAGCCCAGGGGCUGCCGGGUCUGGUUGGGUUUCCAGGAGCAGGAAUCCAAGGAGAAAAGGGGGAUCAAGGACCAGCUGGGCCUUCUGGUCCCAGAGGACCUCCUGGACUGGGUAUAGUUGGACCAAAGGGGGACCAAGGCUUCCCCGGAGAGUCUGGACCUCAGGGACACAGGGGGGUUGGUGAGCCAGGACCAAAGGGGGAGCCGGGGCCUGACGGGACUUCUGGGAUACCGGGCAUUCCUGGUGAGGACGGAGCUGUGGGGCCAAAGGGGGAGAUGGGGUUGCCAGGACUGCGAGGCCUCGAGGGAGCGCCUGGGAAAGGUAUCCCUGGAGAAAAGGGCGACAGAGGUGAUCGUGGGACGAGGGGGCUGUCAGGGUUGCCUGGCCCAGUUGGACCUGCUGGAGCUAAGGGGGAACCCGGCAGCAUGGGAAUGAUGGGCCUACCUGGACCUGCUGGGCGUGGCUUACCAGGAUCAAAGGGAGAUCUUGGGCCUGUUGGACUCGCUGGACCUGUAGGAGAACCUGGACUUGGAAUAAUGGGGCCAAAGGGUAAUAAGGGAAAUCUUGGACCUGUCGGGCCACCAGGAAUAAAGGGUGAUAACUUGCCAGGGCCACAGGGUCUGCCUGGCUUACCAGGAGUGCAAGGAGAGAUGGGACCUGAAGGGAAAGGAUUACCUGGACAUAAGGGUGACAGAGGCUUACCUGGGGUACCAGGUCCAUCAGGUCCUCCUGGAGUUGGACUUUAUGGACCUAAGGGCUCUAUGGGGCAGCCUGGAUCUCCAGGCCUUCCAGGACAACCAGGAGAGGGCAUCCAAGGACCAAAGGGAGAGCCUGGAUAUCAUGGAAUAGUGGGCCCUAGAGGGGCACCAGGGGAUGGCCAUCCAGGGGAGAAGGGUGAUAGAGGCAUUCCUGGAGACCGAGGGAAGAAAGGAGAGAAGGGGGACCAUGGAGAACCUGGAUCUACAGGACAGAUGGGGAAUCCUGGAGAAAAAGGGGAGCCUGGCCUAACGAGAGAUGAAGUCAUCCAGAUUAUAAAAGAGAUUUGUGGCUGUGGGAUGAGGUGCAGAGAGAGUCCUCUGGAGCUGGUGUUUGUGAUCGACAGCUCUGAGAGCGUGGGACCAGAAAACUUGGAGUUGGCGAAGGACUUUGUGAAUGCUGUCAUCGACCGGAUGUCGGUGAGCAAAGAGGCCACUCGAAUCGGUGUGGUUCUCUACAGCUACGUGGAGAGCGUGGUGGUGAGUCUGCAGCAGCAGUUAAGCCAAGAGGAGGUGAAGGCUGCGGUGAGGAUGAUGCCCUACCUGGGCGAGGGCACCUUCACGGGCAGGGCCAUCCAUCGGGCCCACCAGCUGUUCCAGCACUCGCGGCCUGGUGUGAGGAAAGUGGCUGUGGUUCUGACAGACGGGCAAACGGACCCCAGUGACCAAAUGCAGUUUGAGGAAGCGGCGACAGAGGCCCACGCGGAGGGGAUCAAGAUGUUUGUCAUCGGUGUGAUGAGCAGCACCGCCCAUUUCUAUGAAGAGUUCAAAGCUGAGAUGAAUGCUAUCGCCUCGGAUCCUGAUGAAGAGCACGUCUACCUCAUCGAUGACUUCAGGUCACUUCCCACUGUAGAAAUCCAAAUACUGAGUCAGAUCUGUGAGCAGGAAGACACAAUGUCACGUCUUCCCAACACUGUCUUAAUACCUGUGAAGAAGCGACCAGAUUCUACACAAGGCGGCGUCUCGAUAUCGAUCCUGGGCGAGGAAAUCGAACAAGCUCUGCCUUUCAUCUCAACUGAUGAAGUGACCCCACAGUCUCACGAGUCCGGGCGGGUCGACGAGAACCUGAUUGACUCGGAUGUGUUGGUGGAUCCCUGGAUCCAGCCGCCAGACAGGAAGUUUGUCUCUUCUGGUGGCUUGGGGCAGCAGAGCCCAGGGGUGAGCUCGGUGUUGGGUCCUCAGACUCCGAGCGACAGACUGUACGAGGCAGAGAGCACGCAGGCUCCAGUCAGCCCUCCUCCUGCUGCUCCCACUCUGACGGACUCAGCCAGGCCAGAUGAGGGGUGCAGUCAGCCUCUGGACCCCGGUCCCUGUCGUCAGUACGUGAUGAGGUGGUACUACGACCCCGUGGCCAACGCCUGCGCUCAGUUCUGGUUCGGAGGCUGCGAGGGAAACAGAAACAACUUUGAGUCCGAGGCCGACUGCAUGACCUCCUGCGUCUACACGUAA